UCUAACAGACGAAGUCGACUAAGCAAAUACUAACGUUAUAUCUCUAUCUCUUCAUUUGAAAGAGGUCUAAGAAAUCUAACUUCAAUUUGAAUAAUAACUACUCAAGAUGGAGCUUCAUCCAAUCUUAGAGAAGGGUGAGUGGCUGUGCAAGCAGAACUUGUGGUAUGUGGUAUCGGCUCGUGGGCAACAUCCCAGCAUGAGGGUUGGCCAGUGUUGCUGUCCCAUCCCUUCAACACAAGGUGGUAUUGGGAAGCUUGCUGUGGUUGGAGGAGCUACUCCCAGCGGCCCAUUUGAUGAGACCCAUCUUCUUGAUUUUGAUCAGUAUGAAUGGGAUGAGCUAGAACUAACAGGUUUCACUGCUCGCUACGAGCAUGCAUCUUUUGUUGCCCCUAACGAUCCUGGAAAGAUCCUUGUCUUUGGAGGAGCACAGCUGGAUAAGAACCUUAACUGUGUGCAGACUUUGGAUUUAGCCUCCAAGUCAUGGAGCACUGUAACAACCAAAGGAACCACGCCCUCACCUCGGACCUGCAGAGGAAGUGCUGUUGAUGGCAGCAAACUUUAUAUAUUUGGCGGAGGUCAGCAGGGAUCAGAGCCAGUAUCUGACACAAUGAUGCAUGUCUAUGAUGCAGUGACUAAUGAGUGGACGCAACCCCCAUCGAGUGGUAAAAUACCGUCAGCUAGGCAUGGUCAUGUGAUGGCGGUAUGUAAUGGCAAGAUUUACCUCCAUGGUGGUAUGUCAGGUACUUCUCUCUAUGAUGACCUGUAUGAGUAUAGUAUAGACACAGGUGUGUGGAAAAUUGUGAAGAGUAAAGGAGAUAUCCCAUCAGGCCGUGCUGCUCAUGGAUGCGUAUCCCAUGGCAACAAGAUCCUUAUUUUUGGUGGGAUGACAACCGGAGGAGCUAGUGAUGAAACUUAUAUGUUUGACACAAGAAAAAGCAGGUGGCUGAAACUCAAACCAGAUGGACCACCACCAGCGCCACGGCUGGACCACGCCAUGUGUCUGGUGACCCUCCCGUGCCCAGCACAGAUAACCCAAUCCACAAGCAGUAGACAGAAUGGAGCGGAAGGUACCGCAGCUUCAGGUAGUAGGGCGCCAUCUGCUGGUGAUCCAUCCAGUGCUGCAGAGGAGUUCCUGACUUCUUGUGUGGAGACGGCAGUAGAGCAGAUGUCAGGGGAAUCACCAAGAGAUGGCGCCCAAGGUGGAGCAGGAGCAGCAUCAAGCGCAGUAUCCGGUGAGGCUACGUUGUGUUGUGUGGUGCAAGGAGGAAUGGAUACUCAAGGGGAGAUCUUUGAUGACUGUCUCCUGUUAAGAUUGGACAACCUCUUCUGAGAAGAUACUGUCAAGAGCAUGGCUGAUAUCCCUAGAACACCUUGAUCUGUGUACCCAAGCAUAGGACCAUACUGCUGCAGUUCAGCCAUGUCUCCUUUUAAAGAGGACUCUGGAAACUGUCCUCAUCCUUGUCAAGUUUGGUGAAAUCAACCUUUAAGUCUUAACAUGCUGCUGUUUCCAUUUGGUUAUGAAACAUCCUAUAAAGCUGCAAUUUGUCUGGCGUGAUAAGAGUUAAAGAGGAGCUGUCCUGCUGAUGAAAUGUUAUGCAUUCCAAGUGGUACUUGAUCUUGGUCUUCAUCUUGUACAGUAGUGUAUACCAUUAAAGAUGUGACUAGGUUGGUGUUUCUGCUGCCAAACUUCUGAAAAUUUUUUGAGCUAAGCUGUGACUUUCAAUGUGUGGUGAUGUAUAUUUAUCAAACAAGAGUUACACAUUCCUCAGCUAGAACCUAUCUUCCAAGCAUGAAGCUGUAUGUUUGAUCUUUGCUUGAGUUGAUGGACUCCUUCACCUUGAAGCCAUUCCUUAAUUCAUACCUUCCAAAGACAUCAUUGAUAAGGCACCUUAUGAUUUG